GCGAUCGUUCAGUAUUGUUUGCAGUCCGGCAAAGUUUGUCUCUAGUUAAUUCUGAAAUCGAAGGUAUAAAUAAACAAAGGAGGAAGUUUUUGACGUUAUGGCUUUGGAGGCACGCAUGCUUGGUGGCUUUAUCAGUUGCUUGGGGAUCGCCCUGGUGUUCACCGGACUCUCUGGGGGAGGGAUCUGGCCGGAGAAGGCAGCCGCCUGCGACAAAUUUCUCAUCACGGUUGUGCUAUUUAUAGCUGCAGGACUGUUCUUGAGCGCGCUGGUGCUCUGCCUCUGUGGGCGACACGUAGGCGAAGCCUUGGUGUUUGCUUAUCUCCUUCUCCUCCUCUUGAUGUCAUUCGCAAUCUUCGGCCUGGUGGUGACGAAGGACGGAGGGGGUGGACACGUGAUCAAGGGGAAGGGAUAUGCGGAGUUCGACCUGGGGGAUUACCAGAGGUGGCUGCGGCACAGAGUCCGAACGAAGGCAUUGUGGAAAGGAAUCAAGAGCUGCCUCAUGAAGCGCGGAGAGUGCCAGAAACUGUCUCAUCAGGCACCUGACCCCAAGACGGGUAUCGUCCAAUUCAACGGACUGCAGUCGGGCUGCUGCAAGCCGCUUGAUGUCUGCGGCUUCAAAGCGAUCAACGUGAGCAGCUCCAUCUACGACAUAUCUGCACCUCCGUCAUCUUCCGCCGCCAUAGCUGCGGAAGGGGAUUGCUCGCGGUUCGUCAACGAGGAGGAGAAGUGCUUCAACUGCGACUUUUGCAGAGCUGCGUUCUUGGACACGCUGAGUAGAAGCUGGAGGACAAUGUCUAUCAUCAACUUUGUGAUUGCUUCGCUUGUCGUUUCAUGCGGGCAGAAUGACGUGCAGUUAUCUUGAAAGCUUCGUGACUGGGAGCGGAAGGUGGCGGCACUGGCGGGGGAUUCUACCUGGUGGCGGGGGCUGCGCAACCGUGAGGGGAAGGAUCGCGCGCGCGCGCGCGCGCCUUGUUCCGCGGCACAAGUGCGAACGUUGAUCGCCCAGUAGAAAACGAGUUGCUCCGGGGCGAUGAUUCCGCUGCGCCACGUGGGCGCGGAAGAUGGGCGGAAGAUGUCCUUAGUCAAGACUAUUGCGCUGCGCAGCCGUGGGGAGGAGGCGAUCCUCCAUGGCCACUGGGAGAAUGACCAUGGGCCUUGCGCCACUACUGACGACAUGGACAAAUUUAAAGACAAAAAGAAAUGGCGGUGUACGUAUCUUCCCAUGAUACGGCGGAUGAUGCAUUCUCCGUUUUGCGCAUUGGGUGAGUAGAGCAGCAAAGCCCCCAUGACAUUGUUUUGACGAGUCGGCAUUUCCAUCGCAUUGUGGGAGUCUGUCGGGAUACCAAUCACUCCAGUCUGUCCAGAGAUAAACGGGAGCGCAAUCC